AUGACCGGAAAGUCGACCCAGUUCAAAAAAUCGCAAGAGCUGCCUGCUGAGGGAGCUGUACAGCCUAUAAGGAGUGACCUGUCCGAGGAUGAGGAGUAUCCUGGAUUCCGAAGGUUUCUACGCCAGAGACCGUAUAUCAUCAGACAUGGCACAUACUUCCAACCUAGCGAAGAGCCAACAUGGGACUUUGAGAAGCCGCUAUUUCCUAUCAUAAUGCCAAAUGGCAAGACGGGGCCUUAUUACCUGAUCGACCCUCCCACGCCUCCUAUGAGUCCUCAUCUACCAAUUAUGUUGCCAUACGACCACUGGAGAGCACGGAGAGUCACAACCGCAAGCGCAGACAGCCGCGACUACCCGCAGCUUCAACCUCGUACCUGCAGUAUCCCCACCCGUGACAAGACCGAGUACUGCCGUGUUCAGAGGAGUGCCGGGGCCCCCGACCUUUCGCUAAAACCUGCGUGCCCCGCCGCUUCUCGUCGUCUAACCCUUCCAUCACUCAAUCACGCCAUCGCCGCCAAACCACAAUCGACGACAAUGGUUCAGCUCGUUCACUCGGUCGAAGAGCCGCUUAAUCGCGAGCCGCAGCUUGAGAAGCUGAUUCAGAGUUUCAUCACCGAAGAUGGCUACGACCGCAAUCACGGCCCCAUCCCGCAAAUCAACCCCAACACACACAAAGUUUCCGUCAUCGGCCUUGUUGACAAUGAGCUGUCACUUUCCGUCGCAGACCUCCAAGCGCUUCCACAACACACGGUAAUCUGUGCACUACAAUGUGCCGGAAACCGUCGUCAUACUAUGCGGACCAAGUUGAAGGAGGUCCAUGGCAUCGACUGGUUCGAUGGCGCGGUUAUGAACUGCAAGUGGAAAGGUCCUCUGCUAAAAGAUGUCCUGGAGAAAGCCGGUAUCAAGAUCGAAGAGAGCAAGCUCAAAGAUGCACAUGUAGCAUUCUCGUGCUUCCAGACACCCUGUCAAGACGACAAGUUCUACGGUGCGAGUCUUCCAUUGUCUCGAAUCAUGGACCCAAAGCGCUCCAUUAUGCUCGCUCUGGAGAUGAAUGAUAAGCCCCUCCCGCCCAACCACGGCGCCCCUGUUCGCGUCGUUACACCUGGCAUUGCUGGUGCGAGAAGCGUAAAAUGGCUGGAUCAGAUCUCUGUCCAAAUGACCGAGAGUGAUAGCUACUACCAACAGCACGACUACAAGAUCCUGCCUCCUGAGGCUGAUUGCAAAGAAAAGGCAGAAGAGUAUUGGGGCAAAGUUGACGCACUUCAUGACAUGCCUGUCAAUAGUGUCAUUGCUGUCCCCAAAUCCGAGUCCACGGUGCGGCAAGAAGAAGAUGGUACGAUUGAAGUCAAAGGCUAUGCACUGCCUAGUGGAGCAGACGGGCCGAUAGUCAAAGUUGAAGUUAGCACGGAUGGAGGAAACUCCUGGGCCGAUGCUGAACUAAUCAACACGUACGACGACGAAGAUGCCAAGGAUGUUGAGCUCAAGUGGGCGUGGGCACUAUGGAAGGCGAAAGUAAAGGUGGAGAAAGGUAAGGAGGCGACGGUCGUUAGUCGUGCCACGGACAAGAGCGGUAAUACGCAGGAAAAGUGUCCACUGUGGAACUUCAGAGGUGUGGCGUACAACGGCUAUGGCGAGGUCACUGGCCUAAAAGUUGUCUGAGCUGUGGCACACUUGCCCACAAUUCGAGACUGCUGAACGAUUGGAUCACGUCGAUUUCAUUAGCAUUUUGUUUAUCAGACUGGAACUCAGAUAUGAAGAGGGGGUGGAAAGUUUGUUAAUUAAUGACCUAUCACGAAGACAUGCA